GCCAUGGCGCUCUGGCUCGCCGCUCUCCGCGUCCUGCUGGGCGGCUUCUUCGCGCUCACCGGCGCGGCCAAGCUCUCGGAGCAGAUCUCGGCUCCCACGUCCGAGCAGAUGAACGCCCUGUUUGUGCAGUUUGCUGAGGUGUUCCCGUUGAAGGUGUUCGGCUACCAGCCAGAUUCCAUGAGCUAUCAAGAGGCUGUGGGCUGGCUGGAACUACUGGCUGGGCUGCUGCUGGUCCUGGGCCCACCGAUGCUGCAAGAGAUCAGUAACUUGCUUUUGACCCUGCUCAUGAUGGGGGCUAUCUUCACUCUGGCAUCUCUGAAAGAGUCACUGAGCACCUGCAUCCCAGCAAUCAUCUGCCUGGCGCUCCUGCUGCUCCUGGAUAUCUCCCAGCUUUGAGUCCAAACUAAGAAGGUGGUCAGACCUACUAGGAAGAAUAUCCUUCCAAGGCAUUCAAGGAAUCCUGGGAGGAGAGGGCCCCUUGCCUCUUCAUGCCACGUUACUAUCACGGCAGGGUUAUGGUGGAACAGAGUCUACCACCUUCUUACCAGUGAACCCAGGGUCGUGCAGUGUUAAAGCAGACAUCUUAUCUACCUGACCCUGCUUUCUUCUCUUGAGACAUUGACUGCUCUUUUUUGAGGAGCACGUGUUGACGCUGUCAUUCCUCGUGUCAUGUAAAAAUAGAAGAUAAACAGAAAAGCAAUUUAAAUCAUCCCAAAAUUUAAUGCACCAAAAUAACCACUACUUAUUCCUUUUUAAUAACUGCACCUCAACUUUUUCUAUGUCUUUGUACAGAUAUUUUUAAUGAA